AUGGACUCCGACUCGGUUAAGAAGGCCAUCAUUAAGCAAGCGCUGCAGGCGACCAACACGGCGAACGCCCGGACGCUGAUCGAGAACAUCAACGAGAAGUGCUUCGAACGCUGCGUCCCCAAGCCAGGAAGCUCCCUCUCAAGCGGCGAGAAGACGUGCCUGACAUCGUGCAUGGAGAAGUACAUGGCGGCGUGGAACGAGGUCAAUGCGACCUACAUCCGGAGGAUACAGCAGGAGAUUGGCAACCAGAACCUUUCCUAA